AGGCCUGGGUAUAGAUUUAAUUGUUUAAACAUGACUUUUUGUUUGCCGUAUAGUCGACAGAGAUAAGAGAACCACAGAGAUAUUUUUUAUCGAGUAAACCUCUAAUUAUGAUCUGGGUGUUCGGAUUUUUUGGCUUGGCUUCAGUAACUUUUUCUUUCUCUUGAACUCAAUUAUUUUGUAAGAGAAUCGAGCUCUUUUCAUUGGGCUCAUCUCUAAACGAAUUUUCUAGACGUCCUCAAAACGUAUUUUGAAUGAUCACUUGAGUUGAUAGAUAACCGUAUCAGCACAGAUCUGGCUUGGAACAUGUUUGUUCGGGUAGUAGAUUAUGGAGGUUGGAGGAGUGUACGUAAAGAGAGAUAAACCGUGCGGUCCACACCUGAGCAGUUGCUUGCUGGAAAAUAAUUCCCCGAAAAACACUAACGCCGACUUUCCUCUGAUCGAAUGGCUAGAUAUAACCACAGCCCGUGGAUAUACUACGUACAUUCUACAAACUAAGUCUUACUCGUUUUCAAUAUUUCGCAGCGACCACCGAAGUUAGCCUAGCCACCAGUUACAAAACGUUUUGCGACGUCAGCCAUCUUGAAAGCCAGAAAUUUCGCCAUCCUUUUCUCUCACGGUGUCGGUCAGCGGUUCGCCGAAUACGUUCCUUUACCUAUAUAGGCUUCGAGACGAGGUUGUCAUAAGCGGAAAAUUACUUUUAUAUCCAAAGGCUGGAAGUGUUGGCUAAACUUCUUCAGCUCCCAAUAAGCGCAGUCUUCUGUGGGGAAGAACAAUAUUUAAAUCUCAAAGUUUUUGGUGGAUAUGGUGGAUUAUUCGCAAGUGAUGAAAGCUACAAUUGUCGCUCUAUGUUUGGCAGCUGGCCCUGGGCUCCAGGCAGGAAAAAUACCCCUUCAGAAUGACCAACCAGCCACCAAAAAGGAAGGUGUGGAUGCCUUUGAACUAAGACUCCAGUUCAAGGAGAAAUUGGCUCAUUGUGUAGACGUUGACAUGCAUGUUGAUUAUUGCCUAGCUCCCAGACCAGAAGGGGUGUUCUCGAGAGGAAAAAAAAUGAAAUUCUACCUAAAUAACAAGCUUGUUUACAAUUGCUCAUCCUCAGGUGUCUGUACAGCCCAUGGUGCACUCAAAGAAAAUACUCGUAUUAAAGUGGCCUCAGAAGGAUGUAAAGGCAUACCCUUUGCCAACAUCAACAAAGAUCUUAUUGGGGAAUAUGUAGCCGUAGCUGAAGAUCCUCCAGAACGUUUCAAGGCAUCUUUCAACUUAACAUUUUGUAACAGAGAAAAGUCCUUAGAAUUGAGCCUUGAAUUGAGAGGGGAAGCAGCAAAUUGUGUAAGUCAGUCUCAUCGUGAUGGCUAUUGCCUCUCUGUCUCAAUGGAUGGUCAACCCAUUCAAAAUAAAGCAUUCAAGUGUUAUCUAGGAAGUCAUUUAGCGUACGAAUGCUCUACAGAAAGGGUAUGCACAGGUCACGGAAUCCUUCGAGACAAUAUCCGGCCAAAGUACGUAGCCAGCGACUGCUAUGGAAUCCCCUUUGCCAAUGUCGUUCCCCAAGCAGAAGGCAAAUACUCAUGCGUAGUUGAAGAUGAUACUUUCCUCAUAGAAGCAAGUUAUGACUUGGGUUUCUGCAGUGGAUCUCAUUCGCCCAACAUAACAGAAUCACAAAUGGAGAUGACUGAGUCUGUUUGGAAUACCAAAGUGAUAAUCAUCAUAGCUGUCUCAAGUGUAGUAAGUGUAGUAAGUGUAGUAGUACUAUCAGCAGUCAUUAUUGGAAUCUACAUCUGCUACAAAAGAUGCAUUAAAGAAAGGUUUUGCUGCAUGCAACAAGAACAACAUGAGGAGCUUCUGGAUAUCCCUCCUUCAGCAUCAGCUGAGAGCGAAGACAAAGAAGCGCUGUGCCUGCGAGAAGAGAGCAUGAAAUUGCAAGAGGAAUGGGCAACCUUACGGCAGAGUAGCAAGCAAGACAACCCAGGGGUCGAUGAAGUAGCCAUCUGUCCCAGCUCCAGCGAAGGAGAUGAGAUCGAACCCGAACACCCUGAUGAAGAAGAAGACGACAACCAGAGCGAUGACAACCAGAACAAAGACUUACCAAUUCUACAAGACUUGAGUUACCCGCGUAACAUUGAAGUACAUGUCUCGUCCACCUCAAAGACAAGGAUAUGAAGUAACGCUUGCGGGACAUCACUCGGAAACUCAUUUCUCUUAAUGGGGGCAAGCUCCGGAUGCUGCAGCGGACAGAAGGAUACACCAAUCUAACAGAUUAUGAACCUACCCCUGACCAGGACGAACUACUACUGUUAGGCCUUAACUGCCACAUUAUCUCCAAACCAAAGCCCCUUGAGAAGAGACUAGAGGUCGAGUUGCUGCUUGAUUCGUUACAGCAAUAUGAAAGCUGCACUCUCGUCCGCACCACCGACUCCUUACAGCCCCUCCUGCUUGCAGAAACCCUCACAGAAUGCGGCACAUAUGAUAUUGGUAUCCUCUCCCUUGAAAUAAAAGAAGCAGCAAAAGGCCCUGCAUCAACGGGAAGACAUAACUGUGCGCUGUGCAGACAAAACAGCAGCCUUCGUUCUGAUCAAGACAGCAGAGUACCACCAGAAGUUGGUGCCAUCUUGUCUGACAGUACUAAGUUCAAGCGCCCUAACUAAAAACCCACAGACGAAAUAAAAAAUGAAGCCGGUGACAUCAUUAGCAGUGUCAGUGCAGCCACCAAUGACGCCACCUCCUGCCCAUCAUCGGAGAUUACAGGCUUGGUUAUCUGUAUGGCAACGUAAAAAACACACACACAAAAAAAAUGGAAAUGCUCUCCGCCCCAUCAUCAGCCAGACACCCGCCCCCACGUAUGGACUGGCCAAGCGCCUUAAUCAAAAUUUGACGCCUUACGUACCAAGCCGAUAUAGCCUGCGCUCUUCAACGGAAUUCCUCGAAGAAAUCCGAGACUCCCCAGGAAUAGGCAUUAUCGCCUCCUUGGACGUAGAAUCCCUUUUCACUAACAUUCCUGUCGACGAGACCAUCAGUAUCAUUAUGAACCGUAUCUACAGGGACCCCUCUACACCCCAGCUGUAUAUCCAGAAAGCAUCCCUCCCGCGGACACUCCUCGAGAUAUGUACGAAGAAGGCCCCUUUCUCCACCAUAAGUUAGCCAGUCUUUAAUCCAGUCCGCUAUUUCUCCUACAAUUCCUUAAGUGCUUAACUGGUGCUCCUGAAUAACUGGCAUUGUCGGGUGGUCGUUCGCUGCUGAUCUUCGGGCGGCGGUAGGGAGGAGAAACUUUUCUUGGGUAAUAUUCAAGUUAGGUUUCUCCUUUCCUAUAUAGAGGGCUUCCAGGAGGCGCAAACGUUGGCGAUCAGUAGUUUGUUCAAUAAUCUCGAUAUAAGGUAUAUCACUCCUUUUUAUUCUUGUGUUAUUAUAGGCAGUGCUGGCAUGAUUAUAAAUGGCUCCUUCUUGGACGUGGCAGGAUAUUCUCUUGGAGAAUCGCAUGGUGGUCAUGCCGAUGUAUUUGCCGAGGCCUCCUCGGACGGGGCAUGUGUAUCGGUAGACCACAUUUGUCAUUUUCAAGGGAUCCUGCAGGGGGCCACUGGGUUGUUCCCCAUCACCAGGCUACUUGUCUUCUUCGUUUUAUAAUAUAUUAAUAGAGUAAUGUUCUUAUUCUGAUUGGUGGGGGUGACAUUUCCCUCGAUGACGAUCUUGAGGGCUUGCUCGUCCUCCUUAUACCUCCGUUCGAAGUGCCCCUUGUAAAAAAGCUUGAUGGGCUCUGGGGUGUUGGGGUGGGGUUCCUGCAGGUACCAAUCUUCGACAUUCUUCGUUAUCACAGCAUUGAUGGCGCCCCUGCAGGAUCCCUCGAAGAAGACGAACGUGGUCUACCGAUACACGUGCCCGUCCAAGGAUGCCUCGGCAAAUACAUCGGCAUGACCACCUUGCGAUUCUUCAAGAGAAUCUCCUGCCAUGCCCAAGAAGGAACCAUUUAUAAUCACGCCAGCACUGCCCAUAACACAAGAAUAAAAAAAAGUAAUACUAUACGAUCCUUGAUGUUUGCACCUCCUGGAAGUUCUCCAUAUAGGAAAGGAGAAACCCAACUUGAAUAUUACCCAAGAAACGUUUCUGCUCCCUACCGAUGCCCGAAGAUCAGCAGCGAAUGAUCACCCGACAAUGCCAGAUAUUCAGAAGCACCAGUAGGAUGAUAGGAUUCCUGCUGCAGGCAGGACUUCAGACAUUCAUUCCCGGACGCACCACUCGAGCACUUGCACAGCUGAACCCCUGCGACCAUCAACGUGAGAUCCCCGAUUUCGCCCCAGACUGGUUCGACCAAUGAGAAACCAGCUCUAGGAUUUGAGCCACUAUAAAUACCAGCAUGCAGACACCUUCUUCUCACUUCUACUGCUGACCAGCCAAGAUGACCUAUGAGGAAGUCGAAACGUCGCAAUAAACCAGAGCUACACCAGCAUUAAUACCAGCUGAAUACCAGAGACAACCCCGGCCUGACAUUGACCUCACUUAUGGAAUGAUAUCAACAUCGACGACGACCCCUGCUUGACCUGGACCUGAGGAACGCCUUUCCAUAUACCAUUACACGGAUAAUACCAGUAUUAACUGAUUAAAAUCCUGUUCUAAAUAAAAUACCACUUUCAACAUUAUUCACAUUUCUCCCAAUAUGAAUAUUGGUCAAUUAUUAAGAGGUAUCGCUGAGCCAGAAAAGCGAGUAAUAAGAAAAAUAGAACAUAUAAUAUUUAAGAUUAAUUUGCUGAAUUCUGCCAUUUUAUUCAACAGAAUUUGUUUAAAAGACGGUCUUCUUCCAAAAUAUACAUUAUUAUUAUUAUUAUUAUUAUUAUUAUUAUUAUUAUUAUUAAACUAUUUCUGAAUAUAGUGACCUUAUUAUCCUAUAAAAUAUGUUUUAGGAAUUUUUCCAUCAGAAAUUAUCGAAAAGAAAAAUAUCAAUUAUAUUUUACCAAUACGUAAGUUA